AUGCCAGCUCCAUCGCAAGGUGAGUUAUUCCUGUCCCGAUUCCCCCUCCUUUUAGGGCCAUUCCUUUUCGGUGCUCACAUUAUCAGUCUCCCCCCAUACCUUCCGUGUCUUUCUCUCUCCUUACCGUCGCGUUUGUAGACGCCCUCAAGGAGAUCUUCAACCUCUACGACGAGGAACUCGACGGAAAGAUCGACGGAACCCAGAUCGGAGAUGUCGCCCGCGCCGCCGGACUCAAGCCAACUCAGGCCAUGGUUGUGAAGGCCUCCGGACAGGAGUUCAAGCGUAAGGGAGAGAAGAGAAUCACGUUCGAGGAGUGGCUCCCGAUCUACGAGCAGCUCUCCAAGGAAAAGGUACGUGAAGAUGGAAAAGAAGAAGAAGAAGAAGAAGUGAAACCGCGGCGGCGGCGCCAAGUGGUACACAAAUAGACAGAUAUCUUCUCUUAUCGGCUUAGAUAAACACUGAUAACUGGUAGGCAAGUGCGUCAGACUGUAGGUUCUUGGAAUAGCGAUUAAGAAAAGAGUUUGCAAAGUAUUCUAGAACCUACUGUUGUUAUCCUUUUGUUUCAAAAUUUGCGGUCGCACUAAAAAACCAUACCGUUUCUUUUAUGACGUGGCAUGUUUGUUUUCUGUGAUGGAUGUUCUUUACAUCAUCAUCAUCAUCUUUCUUCCGAACAUGCCGCUCCCCGCAGAUCGGUGUUUCCGACGGCACAUGCCACCACACACCGAAUCAAUAACCGCUGAGAGAUAGAGAGAAAGAUCUUCUGUGUGGGAGAGCCGACUCCCGAGAAUCCCCCGCCGCCGCCGCCGCCGCCGCAGUGUAACAACGCUCCCCCCAUGCCAUCCACGAGCAUCCGACUGACGAAGAGAAUCUUGCAGGAGCAGGGAACUUACGCCGACUUCUUCGAGGGACUCAAGGUGUUCGACAAGGAAGAGUCCGGAAAGAUCCUGUGCGCAGAGCUCAGACACAUCCUCCUCGCGCUCGGAGAGAGACUCACCGCCGACGAGGCCGACGAGCUCCUCAAGGGAAUCGAAGACGGAGAGGGAAUGGUCAAAUACGACGGUAAGCGAGCACGAAAAGCUAAGAAGGCGUGGGGUUCUCAUCCGAAUCAUUUGCAGAUUUCAUCAAGAAGGUUUUGGCCGGUCCAUUCCCAGACCAGGACUAA